AUGCGACCACCUACAAGCCCUCACCUGGAGAAAGGCUCGGACGGAUCGGCCUCAAAGUCGUCCCUCUCUGGACAUCCGGCAGCUGACUUCGAUCUUGUCGCAGAGCGGAGGCUUGUACGCAAGCUGGAUCUUACUCUACUGCCUCUGUUCACGCUCAUCUACAUGGCCAAUUUCAUCGACAGAACGGCCAUAGGAAACGCUCGUGUCGCAGGCCUCGAGAAAGAUUUGCGCAUGUCUGGGUCGGAUUUUAACAAGGCUAUGACGGUAUUCCAUGUCUUCUACGCAUUGUCCGACAUACCUUCGAAUUUGGUUCUGAAGAGGUAUGGCUCGAUCUGGCUCGCCGUUCUGGUAAUGGCGUUUGGCCUUGUCGCCCUUGGUUCAGCUUUCAUGACAUCCUAUCCGGGGUUCAUCGCCAGUCGAGUUUUCUUAGGAUUGGCAGAAGGUGGUACAUUGUCUGGUCUCGUGUACACCCUCUCCCAGUAUUAUCGGCGAAAGGAAUUGGCCAUGCGGGUCGGCUUUUUCAUGGGCGUUGCGCCGAGCUUAGCCGGAGCCUUUGGCGGGCUCCUUGCUUGGGGACUGCUUCGUGUUCGUGACAUUGGGGUUGUAACGCGUUGGAGGAAGAUUUUGCUGGUCGAAGGCCUUCUAACGACUUUAACCGGACUUACACUCCUCUUCGUCAUCCCUGCUGAGCCUUCGAAGACGAAGCUCUUCACGGUCGAAGAGAGAGCGCUGGCGCUAGCCAGGUUGGAAGCUGAUAAGCCAAUCAGUCAGCGUCGGCAAGGCGAGAAGGGCGGGAAGGAAAAAACGCGACUUCAGUUGGUUCUCAAGGCUUUCAACGUUCACACCACUGUUUGUACGGUGGUGUUUAUAAUUCUCAACAUGUCGUUCCAAGGCCUGAGUAUCUUCUUGCCUACAAUCAUCAACAACCUUGGGCACUAUACCCCAGUCCAGGUUCAGGUUCGGACGGUUCCUCCCUACCUCGUCAGCGCUGUCUUCGCCCUCAGCAUCGCAUUCGCGAGCUUCAGAUUUCAAAGCCGAUUUGGUGCCCUAUUCGCCUCGCUCCUCCUCUCCGUCGUAGGAUACGCGAUUGCGAUUGGAUGCAGAGAACCACAUGCUCGCUAUGGCGCCUGCUUCUUGAUGAUUGCUGGAGGGGGCUCUGGUGGCCCAAUGAUCAUGACGUGGGGAACAGAGAACGCAGCGCCAGACACUAUGCGAGCCGUCGCCAGUGCUGCGAUUCCUGCCUUUGGCGCUAUCGGAGCUAUUAUCUCCGUCUGGACAUAUAUCCCGGAAGAUUCCCCGCGGUAUCUCAAAGGAAAUGCUGCCAACUUGGCAACAUCGAUAUUAGCGUGCGUACUUGUUGUGUUCCUGAUGCUGUACCUGCGACGGGAGAAUCGGGCGAGGGAUUCUGGGAAGCGUGACCAUCUGCUGAAUGGGAAGACUGAAGAGGAGAUUAAUGAGAUGGGGUGCAGGCAUCCUGAAUUUCGGUACCAGCUGUAG